CCACAACGCCCACCCGCACCCGCGCCGCCCGGCGGCCGCGAGCAUAUAAGCCCACAGAAAACAACAAAUUAACCAGUCAGAAGAGAAAAAAAAAAACACCGAAAAAGUUAGCCGAGCGGGCGAGCGGGCCGGACCAGCGCACGCAGAGCCACCGCGCAGCGCCAGCCGGAGCGAGCGGAGAGCAUGGCGACGCCGAUGGCCGGGGAGGGCCCGAUCGCGGCGGCGAUCCCGCGGUCCCCUCCGCCGCCGGCCGCGGCGGCGGAGGGCGGGUCGGCGGCCGAGGCGCCCGUGCUCAUCUUCGUCUACUUCCACAAGGCGAUCCGCGCGGAGCUGGAGCGGAUGCACGCCGCGGCGGUGCGGCUCGCGACGGCGGGGCCCGCGAGCGGGGGCGGGGGCGGGGGCGUAGCGGCGCUCGAGGCGCGCUGCUGCUUCCUCUUCGCCGUCUACAGGCACCACUGCCACGCCGAGGACGCGGUUAUUUUUCCAGCACUUGAUAUUCGAGUGAAAAAUGUCGCAGGGACAUAUUCUCUUGAACACAAAGGGGAAAAUGAUCUGUUUGAACAUCUAUUUGCUCUGCUACAGCUAGAUGUGCAGAAUGAUGAUGCUAUUCGGAGGGAACUUGCAUCCUGUACUGGAGCAAUUCAAACGUCUGUAACCCAGCAUAUGUCCAAGGAAGAAGAACAGGUCUUCCCAUUGCUCAUCAAGAAGUUUUCACAUGAAGAACAGGCUAAUUUAGUUUGGCAGUUCUUAUGCAGCAUCCCUGUAAAUAUGAUGGCAGACUUCCUUCCAUGGAUUUCUGCUUCUGUUUCGCCUGAUGAGAAUCAAGAUAUUCUUGACUGCCUACGUAAAAUAGUUCCUGAAGAAAAACUCCUCCAAGAGAUUGUAUUUGCAUGGAUUGGAGGGAACUCAUUCAGAACAAUGGCACAAAAUUUCAGUGAUUCUUAUUUGAAAGGCAGUUUUACAUGUGAGUAUAUCUGUGAUCAAACGGAUAAACAUGCAUGCACACUUGAGCACUCUAAAAUUGGAAAGAGGAAGUCCACAGAUUCUAGUCAGCUGGUCGUGCAUCCAAUUGAUGAAAUUCUGUAUUGGCACAAUGCUAUUCGGAGAGAAUUGAGUGAUAUAGCGGAUGAGGCGAAAAGGAUCCAGCAGUCAGGAGACUUUUCUGACAUAGAAGGCUUUAAUAUGAGGCUGCAAUUUGUUGCAGAUGUGUGCAUUUUCCACAGUAUUGCCGAGGAUCAAGUUAUAUUCCCAGCAGUGGAUGGUGAAUUAUCCUUUGUGCAGGAGCAUGCUGAAGAGGAGCGUCGGUUUAAUAAAUUUAGGAGUUUAAUUGAACAAAUCCAAAUUGCAGGAGCCAGAUCAACUGUAGUGGAUUUUUAUUCUGAGUUAUGUUCACAAGCUAAUGAAAUUAUGCAGAAAAUCGAGAGGCACUUCAGUGAUGAGGAAACAAAGGUACUUCCUAAAGCUAGGAAAAAUUUCUCUCCAGAAAAACAAAGGGAACUUUUAUAUAAGAGUAUAUGUGUCAUGCCACUAAAGCUAUUGGAGCAUGUUCUACCAUGGUUUGUAGCAAAGCUGAAUGAUGCAGAAGCAGUGUCUUUUCUUCAGAAUAUGCGAUUGGGAGCACCUUCCUCUGAAACUUCAUUGGUCACCCUUCUCUCCGGCUGGGCAUGCAAAGGUCGUUUGGAGGACACAUCCAGUCCUGGAAAGUUCAUAUGCUUGGCAUCAGGAACAGCAAGCUGUGCAUCGAAUGGAAAUGAUUUUAAACAAUGCCAGUCAUUCUGUCCAUGUUAUGCAAGUGAAAAUGGAGCUUUUUCUAGACCAGUAAAGAGAGCAAGUCAUGGAGAAUCUAGCAUUAAUAUUAACAGAAGUCACUGCUCCGAAAGUGCUGGUACUCAAGCAUCCCUGUCUAACAACAGACCCUGUUACAUUCCCAGGUUAAGAAUAGAAAGUAGCUACCUUGGUGUUAAUUCAUUUACCCCUGCAAAAUCCUUUCGCUCUCUGCCGUACAAUUAUUCUGCACCUUCAUUAUAUUCAAGCCUUUUUUCAUGGGAGACAGACACACCAUUUUCUGGCCCAGAUAAUAUUUGUAGGCCAAUUGAUACCAUAUUCAAAUUUCAUAAGGCAAUUCUUAAGGAUUUAGAGUUCUUAGAUGUGGAAUCUGGAAAGCUUAUUGACGGGAAUGAAUCUUGUCUUCGCCAAUUCAUCGGAAGGUUUCGUUUACUGUGGGGUCUAUAUAGAGCACACAGCAAUGCUGAAGAUGAGAUUGUAUUUCCUGCUCUUGAAUCAAAGGAGACACUCCACAAUGUCAGCCAUUCAUACACUCUUGAUCACAAACAGGAAGAAGAAUUGUUCCAAGAUAUAUCCACUGUCCUAUCUAAACUUUCGCAACUACAUGACGGUUUGAGCCACCCCCUUGAUGUUGAAGAUGGAACGGAUCAUAUUUCAAAUAAUGAGAUUGAUUGGGCUAGAAAGCAUAAUGAACUUUUGACAAAGCUUCAAGGAUUAUGCAAGUCUAUCCGGGUUACCUUAUCAAAUCACGUUCACAGAGAAGAACUUGAGUUGUGGCCAUUGUUUGAUAAACAUUUUUCUGUAGAUGAGCAGGAUAAGAUCAUUGGUCGCAUAAUUGGAACUACUGGUGCUGAGGUUCUGCAGUCAAUGUUACCUUGGGUCACGUCAGCACUUACUCUAGAGGAACAGAACAAGAUGCUGGAUACAUGGAAGCAAGCCACCAAGAAUACAAUGUUCGACGAGUGGCUAAAUGAAUGGUGGAAUGGACCUUCAACUUCAUCUGACCCAUCAGAUAAUGCUUCCGCUCCUUCAGAAGAAAAUCAUUUUCAGGAGAAUCUUGAACAGAAUGACCAGAUGUUUAGACCUGGUUGGAAGGACAUCUUCCGAAUGAACCAGAGUGAGCUCGAGGCUGAGAUACGUAAGGUCUCUCGAGAUUCUACUCUUGAUCCAAGGAGGAAGGCCUAUCUGAUCCAAAAUCUCAUGACCAGCCGUUGGAUAGCUGCUCAGCAGAAAUCACAACCAGGUGCUGAAGAACAUAACGGGUGUACACGACUACCUGGUUGUUUUCCUUCGUACCGAGAUCCAGAGAAACAAAUAUUUGGUUGUGAGCAUUACAAACGAAACUGCAAGCUUGUUGCUGCCUGCUGCAAUAAGCUAUUCACAUGCAGAUUCUGCCAUGAUAAAGUUAGUGACCAUACAAUGGACAGGAAAGCAGUGGUGGAGAUGAUGUGCAUGCUGUGUCUGAAUGUUCAACCAGUUGGUUCAAAUUGCCAAACUCCUUCUUGCAAUGGACUGUCCAUGGCAAAAUAUUAUUGUAGCAUAUGCAAGUUUUUUGACGAUGAAAGGAGCAUCUACCAUUGUCCUUUUUGUAACUUGUGUCGUCUUGGGAAUGGCUUGGGCACUGAUUUCUUUCAUUGCAUGAAGUGCAAUUGUUGCCUUGGGAUAAAGAUGAUAGAGCACAAGUGCCGAGAAAAGAUGCUAGAGAUGAACUGUCCGAUUUGCUGCGACUUUCUAUUUACAUCAAGUGCACCAGUUAAAGGUCUUCCUUGUGGCCAUUUUAUGCAUUCAGCUUGCUUUCAGGCAUAUACUUGUACCCACUACACUUGUCCAAUCUGCUGCAAAUCCUUGGGUGAUAUGACGGUGUAUUUUGGCAUGCUUGACGGUUUGCUGGCUGCAGAGCAGCUCCCUGAGGAAUACCAGGACCGGUGUCAGGAUAUACUAUGUAACGACUGUGAGAGAAAAGGCAGAUCACGGUUCCAUUGGCUCUACCACAAAUGUGGCUUCUGUGGUUCGUACAACACCAGGGUCAUCAAGACCGACACGGUAGAGUGUUCUACAUCAAACUGACCAGUUUUGAGGGGAAUACAUGGAAUGAAGGCAUCAUCCACGGAUGUAGAUUGCUGAAUAGAUGUAUGGGUUUUCUUCUUGCUGCCUCUGGAUAUAGAUGGAGAUGGACCGCAACCUUUUGCAUCAGCCUGCAGAUAGUAGCGAGCAAAGAAAUUUCUGUCAGACUAAAUUAAAAGUGCUGUUUCCAUGAGAAUUGACUGUGUUAUCCAACGGAUGAGAACAAGAAGGAUCAAAAUGACUGACCUCAUGCUUCUUACGAGUUUCACACAUCUGGACCCGUUUAGAAUUGUCUCUGAAGCCAUAAGUCACAGUAUCCACUGAGUUGCGCUGCCAUAGCAGCGCAUCACUCAAUGAUUCUUCUGUAACACGUACAGCCCACUUAUUUUCAAACAAAGAAGAGGCUGUUCUACCACCAGGAAUAUCUCUAUUUUUCAACUCAUCUUGGUUAAAGAAAACUGAUUCUGUGGCCUCCAGACUUGAUAUGCCUUGUAAUACUUCCCUGGAAACUAAUCCUCUUUGAGGAGAUGUAUUUUGCCAGUCUCUACGAGAGUGUCUCUUAGGGCAAGCACUGACUGGAGAUACCUGAACAGCGGUACCCAUUCUUGUAGAAUUGUCACCACACAAAGAAGUAGCAUCAACUUUCACUGGUGAGCUGAAAUUGGAAGAAAUAAUGCCUGAUUUCUUGUUACCCCUUGAAACAUUGCAUGGAACUGACUGUCUCUGGAAAUCAUUCCUUGCACAGUUUUGACUGGCAAACUUCGGCUUCUCACUGACCAAUCCUGCUCCUUUUGCAAUUAUUUUGUCUUUCCCCAUAGCUUUUGGCAUUACAGUUACAGUCUUUACCUUCAGUUUGUUAGAGGAAUCACUAUGCAUGCUGCUGCUUUGACGACCUUUUAUGGUCAUGUUCUUGUUCUCUGCAUUAGUAUGUGACUGACUAAAUCUAUCCAA